UUUUCAAAAACUCAAUAACCCACGAACUGUGCUAAGAUUAAAGAAUUACAGCGAUCAUUAUUAGAUUAGAUUAGAUAUUUAAUUCUACUUCAGAAUCCAACUCUAGUCUGAAUUGCUAAACCGCUUUCGACUUGCGUGGAUCAAAACACGAUCAAGAUUCGGUAAUUUCUGCUUUGUUUUUGAUCGUAUUCCGCAAUUUGUGUUUAUUUUUAUAUAAAUGCGUAAAUUUAGAAAUAGUGUCCACUUUUUGCUAUUCCUCCUCAAAAAGCUCUCUUUGUAUCUCGAGUGUAAUUAACUAAACAAUAACUCUCUUGGAGAUUUGGAAUCUUUCGUGAUAAUCUUCGGAAAUCACUUCAACCGUCUGAUUUAUAGGUUUGUCGUCCUUAUCAAGUUCACCCUUUUGCCAGCCAGACACGAUCCACUUCAUGCUGUACUCGUACUCGCCAUAUAUUCUCACCUGAUUGUACGAAAAUGUAUCUGGUGAUGUAUUACUCACAAUCUUCAUAGACUUUCCGUUUCUGCGCUCACUAACUGUUAAUUGCUGAUCCGCCAGCGACGCUUGCGGCCGCAGAAGUGAUUUCCUCCGCUUUUUGCAGAAGAAUUCGACAGCAAUAAUGGCAUCGUUCACAGCGUGGGAUUACGUGGUGUUCGUGCUGAUGCUCCUGAUCUCAGCCGGUAUUGGCGUCUACUACAGAUUCACUGGCGGAAAGCAAAAGACAACCAAUGAAUAUCUCUUGGCCGACAGGAACAUGAGCAUCUGGCCAGUGUCAUUCAGUCUCAUGGCGAGCUUCAUGAGCGCCAUCACAAUUCUGGGCGUGUCGAUGGAAAAUUAUCAGUUCGGCACAUCCUUCGCCAUCAUCAAUCUCGCCUACGGCCUGGCCACGCCGAUCGCAUCGCAUCUCUACCUGCCCGUCUUCUACAAACUGCAGGCCGCCAGCGCUUAUGAGUACCUCGAGAGACGCUUCGGCAGAGCCACGAGACUCUGCGCCAGCAUUGCCUACUCACUGCAGAUGAUCCUGUACAUGGGAAUCGUCCUCUACGCUCCCGCCCUGGCUCUGGAGGCUGUCACUGGAAUGCCCAAAGUCGCCGCAAUCCUGGCCAUCGGAUUCGUCUGCACCUUCUACUCCACCAUCGGCGGCAUGAAGGCUGUUCUCAUCACCGACGUCUUUCAGUCACUCCUCAUGUUCGCCGCGGUUUACUGCAUCAUUAUCGUGGCAGUUGGUCUUGCAGGCGGUUUCGGGGAGAUUUGGCGCAUUGCUGAUGAAGGGGGACGAAUUGAAUUUCUCAACAUUGAUCCCGAUCCCACUGUUCGCCACACUCUGUGGUCUUUGAUCAUCGGCGGCGCCUUCACUUAUCUCUCACUCUACGCCGUGAAUCAGACCCAAGUGCAGCGCCUGCUGACUGUGCGGAGUCUCAGAGCCUCUCAGACAGCCCUGUGGCUCAACUGGCCCAUCCUUUCUCUGCUCAGCUUCAGCACGUGCUUCUGCGGCCUCGCCAUCUACUACUACUACGCCCACUGCGAUCCUCUGCUGCAGGGCAGAAUCUCGUCCCGCGACCAGCUCAUGCCGAUCUUCGUGGUGGACACAAUGCACGAUUAUUCCGGACUGCCCGGGCUCUUUGUCUCGGGCAUCUUCUCAGCGAGUCUAUCCACAGUCUCGGCGGCCCUCAAUUCCCUGGCCGCCGUGACACUCGAGGAUUACAUCAAACCGCUGUAUUUGGCGCUGAAGAAGAAGCCUCUGGUGGAGUCACAAUCCACUCUGCCGUCCAAGCUGAUCUCCUGCACCUACGGAUUGAUCUGCGUGGGAGUGGCUUUCGCCACCCAAUCCCUGGGCGGAGUGCUGCAGGCCGCAUUGACCGUGUUUGGAGUGGUCGGAGGACCACUAUUCGGCCUCUUCACGCUCGGCAUGUUCAACACUGUGACAACUCAGAGAUCUGCCAUUCCUUCCCUUCUCACGGGCCUGGCAUUCGCCAUGUGGGUGGGAUUUGGCCAGCCAAAGCCUCCCGUUAAGAUGCUGGACUUCAGCGUGGAAGAGUGCUCAGACACUCGCUACAACUCUUCCUAUUCCGACGUCUCAGUACCUAUUUUCCCGCGCGAAGAGACAGCCAAUCCCACUUCUGACGAUUCCGAGUACUUCUGGCUCUACCGACUCUCCUAUCUCUGGUACAGCGUCCUGGGAUUCUUGGUCACUCUGUUCGUUGGCCUCGUACUGACUUAUCUCCUCAAGUGGCUGAAGCUCGAGGGUGAAUCACGAAUCUACGCAGAUGGCAACAAGGAAUGCAUCAACACUGAUCUCUUCUCCCCGCCGAUCGCGUGGCAGCUAAAGAAGCGCCACACGAAGUACAUCGAAAACGGAGGAGUGGUUGAUAUCUCUAGCAGCAAUAUAACAAGCGACAACGCGGAAAACACAAAGUUAUAGCGAUAAAAAUUACAACCGUAGGACAACGAUUGGGAAAAAAUUCAAAGGGAGUAGCUUAGCUCAAUAAAACACUGUUGUAAAAUGGGUUUUAAAAGACACCUAUGAAGGUUAAGAAG